AGAUCUUGGUUUGGGAGUUCACUUGAUUUGGAUGCAUUUGGCAGCUGCUGUGGGUGUGAACCUGGAAGAGAGUUCGCUCUCUCCAGAUUUCCGGCGAACCCAGCCAGAAUCUCAUGGGUCGAGUCCUUGCCUUAAGCAAGAAGCUGGGCCAGUGGGGCAUCUUCUCGUCGAUCGGAUCCAGCGGAGCAAGCGGGUCAGCUGCUUUGAAGCACGAGUGGCCGACGGGUGCCUUAGCCUCCCAGGAAUUCACGUGGCGCGCUAUCAGGGCGGUGACUAUCUCGCCCAGAGUGGAGAGCCAAGAUCCUUCGAUUAUUGGAGGAGUUUGGCCUUUGCCUCCUUCGGGUUCUAUUGUGGUGGCGUUGGGUGACCGAUGGAAUCAGGUUUAUCAUUGGGUGUAUGGGCCGAUUUACACCUUCCUCUUCCUGCAGAGAGGCGUCAGUGCUUUGCCAGUCGUCCUCUUCGACUAUGCGGUCACAGCCCAAGUGCUUUAUUUUCCACCCUACUACCUCUUACAGGAUUUCAUCCGAAGUGAGACACCCAGCUGUACCAGGGCUUUGGAGCAAUGCAGCGCGCAACGCUGGGAGGACUUUCAGGCACUGAUCUCGGUCUUCCUCCCCCUCUCUUGGUUCAACUACAGCUUCGUCCCAUCAUGUUGGCGCGGCACCUUCUCCGGGGUCGCAGGACUUGUUUGGGCAAUACGCCUCUCAAAUUUGAGAGGUAUAGAAGUAUAGACAAAAAAUGAAUAUAUAAGAUCAUGUAUGUGUCUAUAAUAUGUUGUGCUUUGGCAAGUUUUUGGCUGGCGGCCGGAAUUGGCUACCACGUGAAUUUAUCACAGCUAUGGCAGCUAUGGCCCCCCCCUUAGGUUCGACUCCAGCUAUACAGGGAGGGCUUAAGUUUUCAACACAUUGACCAUCAAGUUCCACCGGGUUCAGAUUCAAAGCUCCACUACACUUCUUGUGCUGCUGGCAUUGAAGACCUUCCCGUCUUAUACGUCGUGUACUGAGCCCCAUCAAGUCCUUGACCGCAUUGUGAUGCAGCACGGUCAGUUUCGAUUCAAAGGUCCACCAAGCUUGUUGCUUUGCCAGCAGGGAGUCUUCUUCGUAAUGUGUUCAGCAGUCUUCCAUUUGAAUUGGCUGUCUUCACUCCAGACAUGUCAAAGUUCAAUGAACUUUUUGCACGCCUUGCAGCCAGCUGUCCAUGAAAAAGUAUGGCAACCUGGGCUUCGCCUGGAAACCCUUUGUGUUGCAUGAUCAGUGACCAGUUCUUGGCUCCUUUUUGUUUCAUACACGUGUGUGUGUGUUGUCAAGCUCAAGUUCAGCAGGUUUGCAUCCGUUUGGAUCAUGCCUGAUCAAACAGUUGACCUAAGUAGAGGCUGGCGAUGAGGCUAGUGGUUCAGACAUGCUGUGGGAGAAAAAC